AUGAAAAUAAGAGAUAAAAAAGUAACAGAGAAGUGCUAUUUAAAUAUCGUCAAUGGAAUUUUCUUGACUCUAGGUCUCAUGCUUUCGAUAUAUGGCUUGUGGCUUUUAUUUGACAGAAACAAUUUCUUCAGUGUUUUAGUUUCUUCAGUCAAGAACUAGCCAGUGACAUAUCUUUCUUGUAUAAUACUUGGCAUUGGAUCUGUUAUUACUUUUACAUCAGCCAUGGGAGUCCUUGGAACCGUUGUGGAAAUAAAAUGUCUGCUAGUUACAUAUAUGAGUUUUCAAAUCCUGGCGUUUCUAACACAGAUGGCAAUAUUGGUGCUGGUAAUAAUGAAAAAAAAGAAGAGGUAUGUCCACAGUCAAUGGAGCAACAGAACUGGUGAUUUUAUUUCUGAAUAUGGGAAUGAGAGUCUGGCUGAGCAGGAACUGGUGUGGAACAUUCUGAAGGCUAUGCAGCAUGAUGUAGGGAAAAAACCCACCUCUAAAAUCACCUCUAAAAAUACUGCAUCGACCAGAAGUAGGUAUACCAUAUUUACCGGAAAACUAGAAUGUAUGCUGGUAUACUUGACUGCAGUUUUAUUGAACUGUUGUAGAAGCACAGUCACCACCUACCCAGCUGCUGGAAUCAUUGGCAUCUGCCAUGAGAAAAAUGAAAAAAUGAAGAUCAUUAAUAGUAUUUUAUAUAUUCCCAAGGGAAUAUAUAAUGAUGUCCCAAGGGAUUCAACAUACAGUAUGGAAUGUGAAGAACAUUUCAAUACAUAUUUUGAAAACAAUGCUCUUACAUUACCUGCAAUUACUAUCAGCCUACUAACUACACAGAUUUUUUUUGAUCACACUCAUCAGCUAUUUAGAAAAUUCAGGAAGAAUAUUUUGCCAAAUGAACCAUGA